AUGGAUCAAAAAUUUUACAUCUCUAGUUUACUGCAAGACACUCUAGAUGUUGUUAAGGUAUUAGUCGUUUUGUACAUUAUUAAAAUUAUUACUUACAAUUGUUGGUCUAGAAAGAAAAAAUAGCCGUGGAAGAUAGAACGCUUUCUCCAGCGCCAACAGGAAGUGAGUGUUCUAUGAAUGAUUCGUCAGAUACAAUUCAAGACCAGAAGGGAUUUGAAGAUUCACCUGAAUGUAAGCAACGCCAUAGUGACAUAAUCUUCAUAAUACAGGUUUUUUUUUAGCAAAGUUGGAUGGAACUGCUGAAUUCAAUCCCUGGAUGAUCAUGACACAACAAUUGGCGCAAUUGUCACAAGCUGGAAGAGCGCGGCCAAAUGUUUCCAGUCAAAUUCCACUUUUGAAUAGUAAGUUCAUGAUAAUCCUUAGCAAUCUGGUGAAGUUUUGGGGUAAAUCUUUCAUACAAAUAUCAAUACUUGUUAGCAACGGAUUACUAACCAUAAUGCUUUGUUGGAUUAAGGUGGUUAAUCCAAUUAACUGUGUAAACAGAAUAGAUAUGGGAAUGAUAAUAAGAAACAUUAUUGCAGUGAACCAAUCCCUUGGGAACUGGGACCCACGCUUCUCAUUUUUGUAUCCAUAUAUGAGCAAGUCUCCGCAGAAAAGAAAAGGUGGACAGAUAAGGUAGAUAGCAGCUUUGUCUCAACGUCGUAGACACCUGAAAUACGUUUCAGAUUCACAAAUGAACAGACGGAUGCAUUGGAGCACAAAUUUGACUCUCACAAGUAUUUGAGUCCUCAGGAACGCAAAAAACUUGCCAAGUCGCUCAGUCUAAGUGAAAGACAGGUGAUUGCAAUGUUUUUAUUGGAUACGCUGCGCAAAGGAGGGUCAAUAGUGGGUUACGGUAGCCCGUUGCGCAAAUUUCGAUAAAUUCAUAUUUCAUUCUUUACAAAAAUAAUUGAUAAUAUAGUCUUUUGAAUAUUUUUGCGAAACGCUUAAAAAACCAACGCGUAUCUCUCAGAACCCACAAUUUUUAAUCAUAUUUUACUAAGUCUUUCAAAGUGGCUUAUGCCCACCCACAUACGUAACAUUAUUCUUUCUUUUGUGUGGAUGUGUUCACAUUUUUUCUAAGACGUGUUUUUAAGGUAAAAACAUGGUUCCAAAACAGACGUGCAAAAUGGCGGCGAGUGCGCAAAGAUGGAGAAGAAGAGGAAGAAUUGCCGAAUGGGGCAUCAGCCAGAAGUCUGGGACAACUUCAAUCUACAAAUCCUUAUCUUCAUUGCUAG